AAAUAAUAAUGUACUUAGAAUUCUUGAAAUUUUUAGUUUCUUUUUUUUUUCAGGUGAUCCUAAGUAUAAACCAUAUGUUACUAGUGAACCGGAAAUGUAUUCUGGAGAUCUAGAUGGAACUGAAGAUUUUCUCAUUAUUGCUUGUGAUGGUCUUUGGGAUUACGUUAAUGAAGUAACAGCUGCCAAGCUUGUGUAUGAACAAAUUUCUCGAGAUUGUCCUGCACAAUUAUGGAAUCGAUGUUAUAAACAAUUGUCUGUCGUAAAUUUAAUUACUUAAAAUAAAUUUUAUAUCAAUAAAUACUUUUACAAAUACAAUUACAAAAAUGAAAACUAUUGCAAAUACAAAGUCAAGUCGUGCAAAAGAAGUUUCAAAUAAUUACAAAAAAUAAUUAUAUACAGAACAGUUUAUCGAAUGAUAGCUGUGUGUGAUACGAAUUUUUAUGGCGGCAAAUAUUGAAUACUACGCUACUCAUUGUUAUUUACUAUAAAUGUUUUGAACAAUAUAUUGUUUAUCAUUAUAAUUAUAAUGAAUACAGAUAUUAUUAUACGAUUAAAAAUGAAAUCUGUAUAUAUUAAUAAUUCAGUUCACAAGUGUGUAUACUUGCAAAAUGAAGUUUUUGAUUCAUUUGAUUGAUAAACGUAGUAUAAAGUUUGCGAUCGUCAUUUAUUCAAAAAUAUCGAUUUGUUUGUAAUGACGCUUGGUUGUUGAAAUUGUUUAUUGGCAAUCUAAAAAAAAAUUAUGGGUGGAUGUAGCUUCCCGAAUUGUCACAACAGCAGCGAGAAAGGUUUCAAAGUUAUGCGGUUUCCUAGGUGCACUGAUAUCAGGAACAAGUGGGUAACAGCUUGCAAAAUUUUGAAACCCAUUAAUGAAAAUUCUCGGCUGUGUGAAGUAUAUUAUUUUAAUAAUAUAAUCUGUCCAUUUAAUUACAUGAAAUCUUUUUAGGUAACUUUUUCGUAGAACUGGUUAAUUAUAAUCUGUUUUAUUUAAUUUUUGACAGGGUCAUUUUAGUAAAGAAUUAUUUUAUCACGAAAAUAAUUUUUAUAAAUUAAGAAAAAACGUCAUCCCUGAUAUUUUAACACCGUCGCCUCAUAAACCUUUUGAUGCUGAUAUUAAUAAUGAUAAUGAUGAUGACGAUGAUGACUACUCAAUCAGCAGUAAGAGACGUAGGUCCGGAGUUUCAGAACUAACUGAACUCAGUAUUUCGACAAUAAAGUUUUAUAAUAAUUUCAAAUGGUUAAAUAAAGAUAUGGAGUGUAAAAUUUAUGUUUGGGAUUGGAAAUUUCACCAAAUGAGAAUAUUCAAGACUGCGAAGAAGUUUUUCCUGGAACCUCAUACAAUUCUAGCCAGCCGAGUGAUAAUUUUGAAAAGUCACCGCGAAAAUUACUCUUGGAGCAACAAAUCAACGAGCUUCUCAAGGAGAAUACAGCAUUAAAAAAAAAGGUUUCUCACAUGGCUGAAAAAUCAACUACGCUAGAUACUAACUUAAAAAAGUUUUUGAAUCCAGAUCAGCUGUUGUUUUUAAAAAGUAAUGCUUCUACGAAUUCUAAACCUUGUUCAGAGGAAACCAUCAAAAAAGGUUUAAGAAUUCGAUUACUGAUGGGUACUAAAGCUUAUAAAAGCUUAAGGGAUAUCGAAGGAUUUCCUUUGCCUGCGUUUUCUACACUUUACAGUAGACUAUCAGGUUUCAACUUUGCUCCUGGAACUUUCCAUAGCAUUAUUGAAUGGCUAGGGAUGAAGAUUCGACAGAAACAAGAUGAAACUGCUCAUUAUUGUGUGCUGGCCUUGGAUGAAAUGUCUAUCCAUCCAGCUGUUGAGUAUGAUCGCGCCCUCGGUAAUUUCAUUGGAUUAGUAACUCCGGAGUUAGCGAGAGACUCAAAUGAGGCUGAUACAAUGGCUUCUCACGCGAUUGCAUUUGUAGCUCGUGGCUUAACUAGUCAUUGGAAACAAUUAGUUGGCUAUGCGUUGACUGGAAAAUCAGUGACUUCUGAAUGUCUCUGGAAUUACGUGCAAAAAAUCAUAAGAGAGCUGUAUCAACAGGGCAUUAUUGUCAAAUGCAUCUCAACGGAUGAAGGACCUACUAAUGUUGGUAUGUGGACUCUGAACAGCAUUACCUCCAGCCGUUAUUUGAUUAAUUCUUCUAGUCAGCAUCCAUCAAACCCUGAUGAACUUCUUCAUUGGACUUCUGAUGUUCCGCACGUCCUGAAACGCAUUUGGUCUCAAUUGUUGAAGACGAAGUUCAUUCUUAGCGGGCCUAUCGUCCAAGCAAACAAUUUACCAUUGUCUGAAGUUGAUAUUGCGCAUGUUCGGCAACUAGUAGAAUUGCAAUCACUCGGUGGGCCUGUGUUAGUUACUGGUGUUACUGCUGCAAUUCUAGAUCCAUCGCAAUUUGAUAAAAUGCAUGUUGGACUGGCUAAAAAAAUUUUGAGUGAAGAAAUGGGACGUGCAUUGAUGUUUUCUGCUCAGACUGGUUAUCUUCCGCAAGAAGCUAUGACAACCGAUUGGUUUAUUUUAUUAUGCAGCCAGUGGUAUGAUUUGAUGGUUUGUCGCCAUAAAAGUCAUUCUCUUGGAAGUGAUGAAUCUUCUUUAGAACGUGUUGAGUUUCUUCAAAGCUUCAUUGAGAUUAUCAAAGAUCUACAAUUUACAACCAAUAACAAAUGGAAACCUAUUCAACGAGGGAUAAUUCUUGCUACAACGACAGCGUUAAAUUUACGUGAAGAUCUGGUUUUAUCAGGAAAAUUUCAGUAUCUUCUUACGGGACGUCUAACUUCAAGUUCUGUGGAAAACUUAUUUUCUCAGAUCCGAGCUGGUGGUGAUAUUCACCUAAAACCUCGUCAACUACGGUACCGAAUGCGCUUAGUCGCUGUUGCUCAGUAUUUACGAGUUCCGUCAUCUGCAUCUUAUGAAGACGAUGAUGAGCCUUAUUAUUUGGAAUUUUUAAAACAGAAAAAGGAUGAACUUCGUACUACUGAUGACGAUAAAACACUCGAUGCAAUUGAAAUGCCAAAUAGUUGUAUACUGUCAGCAAUCCAGGAGUACGGACUUUAUUACCUUUCUGGAUGGGCGGUAUUUGUAUCAGCCAACGGUUGCGAGGCUUGUGAAACAGCAACUAUUUCUUCAGAACCAUUGUACAAUGCGUGCUCGGCUUGGACGGAUGCAAUAAAUCGUGGGAACUUAAAACAUCCGACUGAAGCAGUGUAUCAACUUCUGAAGAUAGCUAAAGAGAUUUUUAGUACCUAUAGAAAAUCACUAUUACACCUGCAGGAUGUCCAUCGAGUCUUAAUUUUGAGUGUUCAAAAUGCCCUGGCAAAUCAUUCGUUGAACUUUCCAACGUGUCAUAAUAUUUGCGAUAAAGUUCUUGGAAAAUUUAUUUCCUUGAGACUGCAUGUGCUCGCCAAAGACAUCACGGUACGACCAAACAAUCCAAAUUUUGUUGUCUUCAGUUCUCGGAGCGCAUAUAUGCGUACUUCAACGAAAACCGUUCGCAAAUGAGUUCAUAACUUAAAUUGAUUUAUCUUUGUCUCUAAAUUUAUUUUUUUCUAUAAAUGUAAUUGAAAUCUAAACAUUUUAAUGAUUUUAAUAUGUGAAAUUGUUUAACGUUAAUUACUACUUAAAAUGUAGCAAGUACUGAGCCAAAUAAUAU